AAUACACCAAUUACAAUGUUUUAUUUAAUCGUGCUAUCGUUGCUUGCGAGUGUGCUGUCUGCGAGGGAGCCGAAGCAGAUAAAUAUAGCGAAUCAAGGCACAAUAGCUGGGAUGUACAUCACCCGGUUUCGGACUAAAAGAAUAGCAGCGUACCUCGGAAUUCCUUACGCUCAGCCUCCCAUAGAAUUCCGCAGGUUCAGCCCACCGGAGUACACAGACCUGCCGCAAUGGGAAGGGGUCAGGAACGCGACAUUGUUCGCUCCCGAUUGCAUGCAGAACGAUCCCAAAAAGGAGGAUGUACAGAACCCUUUGAGUAGACACGAUGAAUUAUUCACGAAGUUACUAGAGUCGCAGAUGGAGGAGCCUAGGAAGAAGGAGUACUCAGAAGAUUGUCUGUAUUUGAACGUGUAUGUACCAGAUGAUGUGAAAGUGGAAGGUUACCCCACCAUGGUAUGGUUUCAUGGGGGUAAUUUCGUUCGGGGAAGUCCAAAUUACAUUAAUCCUUUUCACCUGGUACUCAAACAAAAGGUAAUAUUUGUUUCAGUGGCGUACCGCUUGAAUAUAUUCGGAUUUUUCUCUACGCUAGAUAACGAAGCGCCCGGCAAUUUCGGCUUAUUAGACCAGGUCGCUGCAUUAAAUUGGGUUAAGAACAACAUUGAAAGUUUUGGAGGUGAUCCCGAAAAUGUCUGUAUAUUUGGUCACGACGCGGGUGCUGUGAGCGUUGGACUUCAUUUGAUUUCGUCUUAUUCCUCGGGACUUUUCCAGAAAGCUAUAGCUAUGAGUGGCAAUGUUCUGUCUCCUGACACCGUCAACAUCGCAAGAAAAGAACUGAUUACAGUCGACAAGGUUGCAAACGCAUUUAGUUGCUUCCGAAAACCCACAUAUCAAUUACUGGAUUGUCUUAGACGGGUUAAUUAUCAAGCGCUAUUGGAUAUCGGGGAACCGCUAGCUGACUGGAAACCUUUAGUCGAUAACGGUUUCAGCAAUAUAUCUCUUCCAUUUCUCACAGAUCUUCCAAGCAAAAUGUUCAAAGAGGGAAUAUUCAGUCCCGUACCAAUAUUGACUGGCUUUACUAACAUGGAAGAUGCUUUACUGCUCGAUAAAGAUGGUAAUGAAGAUUCAGGGAUAAGUCAAAGAGAGUUCGAUGUAAUGCGGGAAGAAGUUAUUCUUUCUGAUAUAACAGUUGAUAACAGUUCAUGUUUUACAAACCAACAUCACAUACAGGAGGCAGUUGCAUUUUUUUACAAGCCAAUUCCACCAACCAAGAACGAGACUGUUUUGAGAAAAUUGUUUCUGGAGUUCUACACUGAUAAAGUGUACGGAGCCACGACUUACCAGCUUGCAAAGUAUAUAAGUAAACAUGCUCCAGUGUAUCUAUAUCGUUUCGAUUUAAAGCCCUUUUCAGAUGUAGCUAACGACGGCAUCCCGGAUUGGGUAGCAGUCCCUCAUAAUUUCGAUUUAAUUUUUACAUUUGGUUUACCCCAUUUGGCAUUGCCGGAAGAUUUGACGAAAUGGGAUUACAGAGACAAAAGCAUAUCGGAAAUUGUUAUGAAAAUGUGGUCGAACUUCGUUUGGUUCUCUAAUCCCACGAAUUCGGGCGUGAUCAUUCAAUGGGAUCCUUUUGAAGAAGAGAAGCCAGGUUUCUUUAUAAUAGACAGGCAAAAUUUUACAAUGAGCACAGCGCAGACGGUGAAUUACAAAGCGUUUGAAUUUUGGACGGAUUUUUAUCCCAAAGUUGUUGAAAUAGGUACAAAAUGCUGCAAAGAAAAUAUGUUUUUGUGGAAGACGGUAUGUCUGCUGGUGACAGUGAAUUUGGUGGCGGGUCAACGACCUACCUUCGCAGGAUUCAGGCCGAUCGGUUUUCCAGAGCUAGAGAACAAAACGAGUGAAGACGACCUCGGUAACAGAUUUGGUGAUGAUGGUACACCGCUGCCUUUACCCAUAGAAGCCAAAGGCGAUGUAGAAUUAGUCAAAAGAAUCAGCAAGUUACCAGUCGAUAAGCAGCCCUUCUGGUACAUAAAUUGGAAGGCUCUAGAAGAAAGCCGCCGCAAUCCACAGACCUACGAACAAAGGCCUAACCCAUUCAUCCCAUUCGACCCAUCUUCGAGUAACCCAUCCAAUGCAAAUGUCAACAUUCAACCAAAUAAUCAGUCGAACGAUUUGACAUCUAAAUUCGGCACCGUUAAUGAUAAUAAUCAGCCUAAAACAGAAAAUCAAACUAAGCAAACUCCGUCGCAACAACCGAGUCAAACAAGUUCUUAUAAACAAUAUAGGUACAGAUCAUAUAGAGGAUAUUAAUUUGAUGGGAAAUAUUCAGAUAUGUAUGUGUUAAAUCUUGCUGCUAUUAUUAUGUUGUAUAAAUGGACGAUGCUUUUAAUUGCAUUACGUAAUCUUCAUUAGUGAUAUCCGUCUAUUGUAAACACUAUAAAUUUACCUUGUAUACCUAUUAUCUCAAUUGGUAUUAAAACAGGACUUAUUACGUUCCGAAGGAAUGGUUUAUGUAUUGUGUGUAUGUCAAUCAUUGUAUUCUUAAUACUUAAUAAAAAUUUUCUCGUA